AUGUUUAAAAAUAAAUUAACACAACAAUUACUCAAAUCGAAACAAUUUCAAUCAAGUAUGCCAAUUUUAAAACCAUUUUCAUCAUCAAUUGCAAAAGGUGAUUUAUUUAAAUAUCAAUCUCAAUUACCAAAAUUGCCAGUUCCAGAAUUACAAGAGACUGCAGAAAAAUAUAUAAAAUCAAUUGAACCAUAUUUAAAUAAAGAACAAUUGAAAGAUUCAACUUCAAAAAUUUUGGAAUUUAUUAAACCAGGAGGUCAGGGUGAAAUUUUACAAAAAAGAUUAAAUGAAUUCAAAGAAGGUAAAGAUAAUUGGUUGGCUGAAUAUUGGGAUGAUUAUGCUUAUUUGUCUUAUAGAGAUCCAGUUGUUCCAUAUGUUUCAUAUUUUUUCAGUCAUAAAGAUUUAAAAAAUGAAAUUGGUGAAAAUCAAUUAUUAAAAGCAAGUUUAAUUGCUUAUUAUACAAUUGAAUUUAUGGAAAAAGUUCAAUUGGAAACUUUAGAACCAGAAAUUAUUAAAGGUAAUCCAUAUUGUAUGAAUGCUUUUAGAUAUAUGUUUAAUAAUUCAAGAGUUCCAGCUCAAGGUUCAGAUAUUACUCAACAUUAUGAUGGUCAAUUACAUAAAUAUUUUAUUGUUAUUUAUGAAAAUAAUUUUUAUAGAAUUCCAACUCAUAGUGAAUCUGGCAAUAAAUUAUCAAAAGGUGAAAUUUAUCAAUAUUUACAACAAGUUAAAAAUGAUCCAUCUGGAAAAGGUAUUGGUUUAGGUGCUUUAACUUCAUUAAAUAGAGAUGAAUAUUUGAAUGCUUAUCAAAAUUUAUUAAAAUCACCAAUUAAUCAAGCUUCAUUAGAAUCAAUUUUUGCUUCAUCAUUUGUUAUUUGUUUAGAUAAAAAUUCUCCAAUUACAAUUGAAGAAAAAUCUAAAAACUGCUGGCACGGUGAUGGUCAAAAUAGAUUUUUUGAUAAACCAUUAGAAUUUUUCAUUUCUGCAAAUGGUAAUUCAGGUUUCCUUGGUGAACAUUCAAGAAUGGAUGCUACACCAACUGUUCAAUUAAAUAAUACUGUUUUAAAACAAAUUUCCAAUGAAAAUCCAAAAUCAUUAAUUGAUGAAAUUGCAACAACAAAACCUAUUUUUGGUAAAGCUAAUAAAUUAAAUUUUGAUAUUAAUCCGCAAUCAAGAGUAAAUAUUGAACAAGCAAUUUUGAAAUUUAAUGAUACUAUUGCAAAACAUGAUGAAGAAAUUUUCCAACAUUAUGGUUAUGGUAAAGGUUUAAUUAAAAAAUUUAAAGUUUCACCUGAUGCUUAUGUCCAAAUGUUAAUGCAAUUAGCUUAUUAUAAAUUAACUGGUAAAGUUAGACCAACUUAUGAAUCUGCAGCAACUAGAAAAUUCUUAAAAGGUAGAACUGAAACUGGUAGAACUGUUUCAAAUGAAUCAAAAGCUUUUGUUGAAACUUGGACAAAUCCAAAUUCAUCAAUUGAAGAUAAAGUUGCAACUUUCCAAGCUGCUUGUAAACAACAUGUUAAUUAUUUAUUAGCUGCAAGUGAUGGUAAAGGUGUUGAUAGACAUUUAUUUGGUUUAAAACAACAAAUUAAACCAGGUGAAGAAACUCCAGAAAUUUUCCAAGAUCCAAUUUUUGCAUAUUCACAAACUUGGUAUUUAUCAACUUCACAAGUUCCAAGUGAAUUUUUCCAAUCAUGGGGUUGGUCACAAGUCAUUGAUGACGGUUUUGGUUUAGCUUAUUUAAUUAAUAAUGAUUGGUUACACGUUCAUAUUUCAUGUAAAAAAGGUAAUGGAUUAAGUUCUGAACAUCUUAAAUGGUAUUUAGUUGAUUCCGCAAAUCAAAUGCAAGACAUAUUAGUUAAAGGAUUAUUAAAUAACGCUAAAUUAUAG